GCACUGGUUGUUUUCGAUUCGGUCAUAUUUCUCGAAAAAAACGAUUUGGAUCGCGGGUUUAUUUCAGAACAUCUCGAACGGUCGUUUAGUUAGCACACAGAGCGUCUUCUUUUUGGUUAUACUAACCUCUUCGAAAUUGAACAAUAUUAAAAAUUAUUAAUUGUGAACAAAAAUGGUUUAUGAAAGUGACUUUUACACAACCCGGCGGCCAUAUUCAUCUCGGCCAGUUGUAUCGUCGUACUCAGUAACGACACCCCUUAGAGUAAUACCAACAGGAUUUUCAAGGGUACAGACAUACACAACCACAUACCCAAUCUACUCCAGUUAUCCUACAGUUAUACAUCGCUCAAUUCCAUUUGUGGCUCACAAACGAAUCGUUACGUCGACCAGAAUUUCAUCAACCCCAACCAGAGUUAUUCGUUCACCAACCCGAGUUAUUGCAUCACCAUUACGUAUUGUAAAUGUGCGUGUACGCCCAUCAGUGACUAAUCGGCGUGUAGUUGAACAUAAGGUCCGUUCCCAUCCACAUUACUAUGCAACUGAGAAUUAUUUGAAUUCUAGCUAUGCAAAGGAUUUUGAUGAUGAAACAAGAGAACUUCGUACAGCUACCAAUUCGUUGUUGCGUAAAGUUCACACCAACGUUCAGCGAGCACACAGUGUUUCACCUAUUUCAUACUCUUCAAAGUAUGAACAGCGUUAUGGAACUGAUGCAUAUUUAGCCAAGGCUCUAGGUGCAAGUAGAAUUUCCGAUGAAAUUAAUCGUGAAAUUAAUACUAAAUACAACGCGAAUGAUUCCAAUCGGAAGUAUGUGGGAAAAAGUCAUUUGGCCUCUGUUCGUAUAGUCGGUGACAAAGGCUAUUCAAAACGAUCCCAAAUUAUACCAACAACACCAUUGUUUUUCCGUAAGGAUAAGGUUCGAAAGGAUAUCAACUUUUUGUCUUAUUACAAAAAGAAUAUCGCCGCUGCUGACGCACACCAACAGCCAACAUUUUCGCUACCGUCAGCCAAGUUAGACCCGAACCGAGCCUCUCGCAAAUUCACUCAACCAAAACCAUUGGAAGAUCCGAAUGUCGAAUUAAAAGAAAAACAAGCCGCCCGAUUAGAUCGAUUGAAUGCGCUGGGUGAAGACGAUGAAAUUUCGUUGGAAAAGAAGAAGGCACAACGAUUGGAAGCAGCAAAACAGCUCGAACAGAAAGCGCUUGAGGAAGAAAUCAUUAAGAAGGCCGAACAGGCUAAACGUGAUGAAGAGGCAAGAAAAGCUGAAUUAGACAGACAAGAGAAACUAGCGCAACAGGCUGCAGCUGAACGUGCCGCAGAAUUGGAACGAAAAGCUGAAGAGGAACGAAUAAUUCGCGAAGCUGAAGCCGCAGAAUCGAAACGAAAAGCUGAAGAGGAACGAAUUGCUGAAGAAGCCCGUCGGGCUGAAGAAGAUCGAAUCGCCGAAGAAGCACGCGCAGCUGAGGAAGCUCGUAAAGCUGAAGAGGAUCGAAUCGCUGAAGAGGCGCGCGCAGCUGAGGAAGCCCGUAAAGCUGAAGAGGAGCGAAUCGCUGAAGAAGCCCGUAAGGCAGAAGAGCAAGCCAGAGAAGAACAACGUAUACGAUUAGCCGAAUUGGAAAAAAUUGCUGAAGAAGAAAAGGAAGCUGAAUUAGCCCGACAGGCCGCCGAAUUGGCUGAAAUUGCUAGACAACAAGAAGAGGAAGCUCAACGAAUCGCCGAAGAAGAAGAAUUGGCCCGACAAGCUGCUGAAUCUGAUGCUCAAGAGGAAUCUAUUCCCGAACCAGAACAAGAAAAUGCUGCUGAUGAAACUGCCGAACAAGAAGAUGAAAUUGUUGCCGAACCUGUUGUAGAUGAACCAGCCAGUCCAGUUGAAUCUCAAGAGGUAUUCAAAUCGGACAGUGAAGUUUUCAAAUCUGGCAGUGAGGUGGAAGAGGCAGAAGAAGAGGAAGAGGAGGAAGAAGAAUAAAUAUACAAAUACCAGCAAACAGUAUAAUCAAGUGUAUGUUGUUGUUUCAUAACGAAUAAGUGCGCGACGAAAAUGUUUUAAAUGAAAACAGAAAUAUAUAAAAACGAAAAAUAUUUUCAUAUGCUUCAAGAACAGAAAAGGAAAACUAAUUUUAAAUGAAAAAAGACAUUUUCGAAAUCAAUUCUCGUUUUGUUUUUUUAAAUGUUUACAACCAACUACGAAAUUGCUGUAAGUGUGAUUAAAAAGUGGUACAUGAGGUGCAAGAUUGUAAUUUCAUCUUAUUAUUUUUUUUUUGUUUCAAGUUGUUUUAAGCAAAGAAAAGCUUUGUUUGCAUUUUCGGUUUCAAUAUCCUUCGAGCAAAUGUUUUUUUUUUUUUAAAUUGAUGUUGUUGGAACAGUGCUUCAUGUCAUUAUUAACUAAGUUCUUAGCUUUAAGGUCAAAACACACAUGUUUCUACACUUAACAUAGACACACACUCAUGACGAUAAUUACACUACACACUUACAAAAUUGUUAUUUGUAAUACAAUCUGACAUUGAAAAUAAAAAAGACUAAAAAUU